CUGUUGUGAAUAGUGAGGUGCAACUCUCGGUUUGUGUAGGUCGGAAAUUUGGUGCUCCGAAGUAAUUUGCAUUUUAUUCGUGUACGUGUGUUACGAAUGGUUUCAUCAUUUUACAAACAUGUUGUUAAGGACAAAAAGAUAACGUCAUAUGUUUAAAUAGCCAUUGUAUCAGAAAUCCGUGAAUUUAGUUAUGAAUGUGUCAACAUCGUGCUCCUUGUAGUCGAAAGUAGAACACUCAAAAGUUGUUGGAGAACUUCUGUCAGAACAGGUCGAAUACGUGGGGGUGUGGCAACGGUCCGUUGUUUGAAGACUGCUGAUCAUUCAACAUGAGACUUCAAUGGGAGUGGUGUUAUAUUUUGUGCCUGUGUUUUUUGGUGGCGUUUCUGUCAUUCGGACACUGUCGACAGUCGCCAGUGUACUUGAAUCAGUUUGCUGUGCAUAUACCAAGUGGACAAGAAGCGGCAGAUGAUGUUGCAAGAAAAUACGGGUUCAGGAACCUCGGACAGAUCGGCAGCCUGCGUAACUACUACUUGUUCGACCAUCAGCAUAUCCACAAGAGAUCCUUGUCUGCCAGCGAAGUACACAGCUCUGCUCUCAGCGCUGAAACACAGGUGCACUGGGUACAGCAGCAGCAUGAAAAACGACGUGCGAAGCGCGACUAUCCGGACCCCAGUUUCCCUGCUUUUGGAGACUACCCGUCAUUCUUCGGAACCGGCUCCCAGGACCAGCAGCACCAACCACAGUAUCGCGGAAUUAGCCCCCACAAUGUAUUCCCUGAUCCUCUCUUCAAGGAGCAGUGGUACCUGAAUGGUGGCGCCAAGGAUGGUUUCGAUAUGAACGUGGCGCCGGCUUGGCAGAAGGGAUACACGGGGAAGGGCGUCGUGGUGUCCAUCCUGGACGACGGCAUCCAAACCAAUCACCCGGACCUCGCCCUCAACUAUGACCAACAUGCCAGCACCGACAUAAACGAUAAUGACGACGACCCAAUGCCGAGGGACAACGGUGACAACAAGCAUGGCACGCGUUGUGCGGGUGAGGUGGCCGCCGUCGCUUUCAACAGUUACUGUGGUAUCGGGGUCGCCUACAACGCCAGUAUAGGAGGUGUUCGUAUGUUGGAUGGAACUGUGAAUGACGCUGUGGAAGCCCGAGCUCUUGGUCUGAACCCAGAACAUAUUGACAUAUACAGUGCUUCCUGGGGACCAGAGGAUGAUGGCAAAACUGUUGAUGGACCAGGUCCGCUAGCCCGCAGAGCAUUUAUCUAUGGAGUGACGAGUGGGCGGAAAGGGAAAGGCUCAAUAUUUGUGUGGGCAUCUGGCAAUGGUGGGCGACACACUGACUCUUGUAACUGUGAUGGUUACACCAACAGCAUCUUCACACUGUCCAUAUCAAGUGCCACACAGGGAGGAUACAAGCCAUGGUACUUAGAGGAGUGUUCCUCAACUCUCGCCACCACAUACAGUUCUGGCACCCCUGGACAUGACAAAAGUGUGGCCACUGUGGACAUGGAUGGCAAGCUGCGGCCAGAUCACAUAUGCACUGUUGAACACACAGGAACAUCUGCAUCAGCACCUCUGGCAGCUGGUAUUGCAGCCCUAGCUCUAGAAGCAAACCCAGGUCUUACAUGGAGAGAUAUGCAGUAUUUGGUUGUUCUCUCAUCUCGUUCUGGUCCACUAGAAAAGGAGGCAGGGUGGAUUCUAAAUGGUGUGAAACGAAAAGUCAGUCACAAAUUUGGAUAUGGACUGAUGGAUGCAGGUGACAUGGUCAGCCUGGCUGAGCAAUGGACAAAUGUUCCACCACAACAUAUAUGCAAGUCUCAAGAAAUAAAUGAAGAACGACAAAUAGACCCAACCCUUGGAUCCACACUUCAAGUUCACAUGGAUGUUAAUGGCUGUAGUGGAACUCUGAAUGAAGUGAGAUUCCUUGAACAUGUUCAGUGCAAGAUUUCAUUGCGUUUCUUCCCACGUGGUAAUCUGCGCAUCCUUCUAACCUCCCCAAUGGGCACCACAUCAGUUUUGCUCUUUGAACGCCCAAGGGAUGUUGUUAGUUCGAAUUUUGAUGAUUGGCCAUUCCUCAGUGUUCAUUAUUGGGGUGAGAAAGCUGAUGGAAGGUGGACACUUCAAGUCAUCAAUGCUGGAAAUCGUCAUGUGAACCAGCCAGGUAUUCUAAAGAAGUGGCAACUGAUAUUCUAUGGCACAGCAACUAACCCAAUCCGCCUGCGGCCUUCUGGUUCCUCAUCAGGACACUCAGGAGUGCCUCAGCAGACUGCCUCACAGAACUCCUUUAUCUUUCCUAAUUCACAGUCACCAUCUGCUUCUCCCACAUUGGAUUCAAAUACAUUUUACAGUGGGAGUUCUUUCAAUCCUAGUUUUCAGUACUUCCCUAACAUAUAUAGUGUGUCAGGAAGUGACCCUCAAGCUUCAGUAGCUUCACUAAAUGAAGCUGCUGGCAAAGAUUCAUCUCUGCAGGAGAAUCUCAUGGGAACAGGAGAUGACAGCAGCAAGAAAGUCCUUCACAACUGUGAUCCUGAAUGUGACUCACAAGGAUGCUAUGGCAAGGGUCCUACCCAAUGCAUUGCCUGCAAACACUAUAGGCUGGACAACACGUGUGUGAGUCGGUGUCCACCUCGCAGCUUCCCAAACCAGAGUGGUGUGUGUUGGCCAUGCCAUGAGUCAUGUGAGACUUGUGCUGGUGCAGGUCAGGACAGCUGUCUCACAUGCGCCCCUGCACAUCUGCUUGUAACUGAUCUUGCCAUCUGUCUACAACAGUGCCCUGAAGGAUACUAUGAAAAUUACGACCAGAUUACAUGUGUCCCAUGUCAGCCAAACUGUGCCAGCUGUCAGGAACGGCCAGAUCAUUGCACCAGCUGUGACCAUCAUCUUGUUCUCCAUGAUAACAAGUGUUAUGCUGCCUGUCCCAUAUACACAUAUGAGACAGAAGAUUAUGGUUGUUCAUUGUGUCAUUCUUCAUGUGAGACGUGCAAUGGGUCCAGCGAGACACAGUGCAUCACAUGCCGACCAGGCCGAUAUGCUCUAUCAGGAACAUGUUCUAACAUUUGUCCUGAUGGAUACUAUGCCGACAAGAAACGCCGUGAAUGCCUGAAGUGUGCUGUAGGAUGUACCACCUGCAAUAGCAUUGUCUGUUUGGCUUGUACUGAAGGCUGGGUGCUCAAUAAGAGGGGCAGGUGUGUGCCUGAAGGCAGCAGGCAUUGUGAUUCAGCAGAAUUCUACGAGAAUGGGCGAUGCCGGCCAUGCCACUCAACAUGUGAGACAUGUGAUGGAAGUACAGAGACAGGAUGCCUCACCUGUCCAUCACCACUUGUUCUUCAGAAUUCACAGUGCCUGGCUGUGUGCCUGGAUGGGUCAUACAUGGAGCAGGGUGUAUGCACACCUUGUCUGCAUACCUGUCAGCGCUGUGUGUCUCGUAUCAACUGCACAUCUUGUACUCCUGGCCUUCAUUUGCAGAGUGGCGAGUGCCGAGCUACCUGUGCUUCUGGGUAUUACAGUGACCGUGGUGUGUGUGCCAAGUGCUACUUGAGCUGCAUGACGUGCAGUGGGCCACGACGAGACCAGUGUGUCACAUGUCCUCGUGGCUGGCAGUUAGCUGCAGGAGAGUGUCAUCCUGAAUGCCCUGAGGGAUUCUUCAAGUCAGAUUAUGGUUGCCAGAAAUGUCAUCAUUAUUGCCGAACCUGCAAUGGAGAGGGUCCCCUACAGUGCACAUCAUGCCCUCCUCACUCAAUGCUGGAUGGUGGGCUGUGUGUUGAGUGUUUAGGGUCACAGUACUACGAUUCACCAACACAACUCUGCAAGUCUUGUCAUAAGAGCUGUCGGUCAUGCAGUGGUCCUGGGCCAUUCAGCUGCUUGGCAUGCAUGUUGCCUCUGCACUUGGACCAUCUCAACAACCAGUGUGUCCCAUGUUGCACUUCCCCCAACCAGCUGGACUGCUGUCACUGUGACAAGACUACAGGGGAGUGUCAAAACUCAUCACCAGCUGGGAAGCGUCGAAUUCCUUCAGGGGCAGAACAGAGUGGUGAGGGUAAUAUGGCUGCAAUUCAUAAAGAUGCAGCAGCUGUUGAUCAUCUCAACCAGUACACACCAUUCACUAUUGUUACUACCAUGGCAGUAACAGGCUGUGUGGCUAUUGUCGUGCUCUUUAGUGUCAUCUUUGCUCUGUUGCAGUUCAAGUCUCAGCCAUGGAGAAAGUCCUGGUGGAAAGGUGAAGGUUAUGAGAAGCUAUCUACUCGCCAGUGUAAAGUUGAUGUUGAUAAAGUGUCACUUACUCAGGAGGAAGGAGAAUCCACGGAGGAUGAAGAUGAUGAAAUUCGAUUGUUUACAAAGACAUAGAUUUAACACCAAUUUGGCAUGACACUGGUAUAACUCUGGUAAACAAUUGUUAACAUUAUGAAUGAGCUAGGAGAGACAUUUUUGAUAAGAAAUCUUUGUCUGUAGCAAAUUGUUCUAAUUUGUCAGCAGUAUGGAUGGGGAUGUGUGUUUCAUUAUGUACCAGCUGGCUUCCCCACAUUUAGUUUUGCUAAUGCCAAUGUCAGUCAGUGGAUAAAAUUGGUGAUAAUGUUCAUGUAUAGGAGAAAAUUCCAUUAGAUUUUUCAUAUUAUUUACUUUUCUCAUAUUGUGUCUAUGUCAUACCAUUUUAUAAUGAAAAUAUGAAAUGAAAAUUGUGUAUAAAAGGGAAAAGCAGAGGAACAUUAAUACAAACUGACACACCUGAGUUGUUUGUAAUCAACAUUUGGUGAUGUUAUAAAUGGGUGACAUACACACAUAACAAUGAAAAGGUAAGAGAAUAAAUUCCAUGACUAAGGCACCAUAUGUAUGAGAAGGGUCUUUCUUUUUAAGUGCCUGUAACUGUAUUGAGUAAGUGAAGCAACCAGUGGGACAACACAUUGGGUGCUGCAGGUUGUUAUGGACCUCACUUCUUGAUACUCUGGAGGAGGAGACAGUUACACUUGAUUUACCUUCAAGACAUUUAAAAUAACAUGAAGUGAAAGGAAAUGGAUGUCACCACUUAAUCCAAAUCUGAGUUUAUUUUUCAACAAAUUUUUAGUUUAAGACAGUUUUCUUUCUUUUAAAUCACAUAGACGGCUUUGAAGUAAUUAUUUUAAUUUGGAUAUAUUAAUUAUAUUACAUAUUAAGUCUAUUUGUUCAGCCGAUGCAUGGACAGAAAUGCUGCAAUAAGAAGUUUUAAGGUUAUGUUCUCAGAACCAUUUACAGUGAUAUGUUUUUUGCAAUAGAAUGUGAAGGAGGAGAUGUUGUAGCAACAAUUUUAAUUGAUAAUUUUCUUGAUAUGUAUAUUUUGUGUAAGUGAAUUUGGAUGUUUGUGCAGAAGAGGUUAAUAUAGUCUGACACAUGAUCAUUUGUGAUAUCUGAUGGGUUGAGCAUAUAUUGGUGAAGCUUUUAUGAGUGAUUGGUUUGUAUUAGCACUCGUGUAGACAAACUUCUUUUUAAAUUAUUAUUUUAAGAAGCAGCUGUGUGAUAAUGAAAAUCUGGUUCUGCAGUAUUUACUGAAUCAGACUGGACAUGCUUACUGCAGGAUGAGGAUUUUGUUAUAGUGGAAACUGACAUAGUGCUAAUAGUUCCUGGCCCAUUCUUUAUUAAUAUCAGAGUGACUAAAGACGGCGCCGUUAGUGUACUUAUUACCAGAACAAUGUCAUAUUUUUCACCAGUCAGUACCAACAGUCAUCAUUGCUCUUUUUAUGUUUUAAGGAGGAAUCAUACAUGUCUAGAAUGUAUAUUUUUCAUGACAUAGUAUUACAAUGAAUUAUUGUUGGAAGCCAUCUGCAGACAAUAGUCAUGACUUUCCCACAGAAAUUUCUGUUCUGUAAACCCUUCAUUGAUACUGUAUGUUUAUGUAUAUGCUUAAGACUUGUUAUGUAUGUAUGUAUGUAAACUCUAGAUGUGAGAGGGGGGGAGCCUGUAAGGGUGAUGUAGUCAUGGUAAAAAACACAAGUACAAAUGUUACAAGUAAAAGGAAUGCAGGCUAAUCAAGGAGAAGUUCCUUCUAUGUGAAAAUAUUUUUAGAUAUCCGUCAUCAUGAUAAGGAAAAUUGUAAGCACUGAUAUACAUAUUCUAAACAUUUAUCUUAUGUGAAGGCCUAUUGAAGACUACAGGUGUUAUCACCUACAGAUCAUAAUGGACAAGUUACAUCACUUGACACCUGAAAGGGACUUCUUGCUGAGUAUUUAUUUGUUUCUGUGCCCUGAUACAUUGUACAGGAACUGAUUAAUAAUCAGGACUGCUGCAACAGAACCCUUCAGUGGUAGUAUUUUAAAAUACAUUUCAAUUUGUUCUGUAAAUUUGUAGAAAAAGAGUUAAAGCCAGAAUUAUCAUUUCAUAUUUCGGUAAUAUUUCCUUUCAGUUUUCACUAAAUGUUGAUUGUUGAUCAUCUUUACAAUAUGAAGUUUUUAAAUAGAAUAAAUUGUGUGAAGACUCAGUCAAGUAUGUAAGGCAUCAUUAAUAUCCUUUUGUUGCUGUAAGAGGUUAAAAAUUGUUAUGAAUUGUAUCAACUGUUAGCUUCAUUAUUCUAAUGAGAUUACUGGUACUGUAGUAUGGUUUAGUAGGCCUAUUAUCAUGGGGUUAUCUUCUUUGGAUAUUGUACAUUUUCUGAUCAAGAAAGGUGCAUGUUUUCUAGUAUGGUUCUUUCUCUGCCUUCACGUAAAAGAGAGGAUUGAAGAACUCAGUGUGCACACUAAGAAUAUUCCCUAGUCAGGAACCCUUUUCUUUUAAAGACUGAAACCAAUCCAGCAUCCAAAAAAUGUUGCCUUUGAUUAUCCGAACAAUGGGAAGUACUCUUACUUAAUCUUACACGAAGUUACCAUUUUAUAUGUCCAUAAGAAUGGAUAUGGUAAGGUGCCUAUAGAAUAGAACUCACACCAUGUUUGAUAAGAAUUAAUGUGGAUGGUAAUCAGUCCUUCUGAAAGUGAGUUUUUAUUUUUCUCCAUCAUUGGGACCAAUUUUUUGUUUAUUGUAACAUAAUUUUUGCUUCAAAAUCAAAGGGUUGGUAGUUGAUGGAAUGACUACAGAUUGAAAACUAAGGAUGUCAAAACUGUUAAAUUCUAUUUACAAAUUAUUUUUUGCAAGGCUUGAUCCACAGUUCCUCAAAUAGCAAUGUAUGAAGAAACAAAUGAGUCUUCUGCUAAGCUGUAAGAACACCUCAUUGCUCAAAUAGAAACAUGUUUUCAUUUUCUGCUUCUGAUUUGCAAUAGAAUGCCUAGAGGUGACAAAUUGAGCCAUUCAGUGAUCCUGUCACAAAUAUUACAAACAAAAAUUAAACAGCUAUGACUUGUUUUUAAUGAUUAUUUAAAUAAUAUUGCUUCAUACUACAGUUUGAAAUACUUUAUUCAUUCAUUAUAAUUGAAAAUAUUUGUAACUGGAAUAAAUGUAUAAAAGAUUCUCUGUGAAUUUGUAGCAUAAAUAUCUUGCAAAAUAAAAAGAAAGAUCAUAUAUGAAAGUUCAGGUCUUCAUUCUAUCAGCUACCAAGUGAUAUGAUAAAAAGAAAGAGGCUAAUCUUUAUAAUAUUAACUUCAUUGUUCUGAGUAAUACUAAAGCCAUUUUGAGUAUAUUAUCAUUCAGUUAAAGUUAGAACCCAUGAUUUUAUUAUCCAGAUACAUGUUCUGUAUAGCAUUAUAGUGAAUACCAUUCUUUUUUUGUAUCUUGGCCAGAACCAGUUCUCCCAGACAUAAUAUUUCUCAGUUCUGCACAGUAGAUCUACAUCAUUAGGAUAGAACCAAUGAAAUCAUGACAGCCCAUGUGUCCUGACUUUCCAUGCAUAAUCAUCUAUUUUACUUUUUUAUGGUGUAUAAUGUCUGCAUUAUUAUUGAAUCAGGUGUAAAAUAAUGGAACAUAAGCUGCUUUGAACAGUUUUAUUCAUAAAAGUUGAGUUAAUUCAUUUCUUAAUCUUGUACAAGGUGUGCCAGUUAAUUUUCCGUAAUGCCCACAUAUAUGUUGCAUCCAGUAACAAUAACGAAACAGCAAUGUGUUAUGAUGUGUCUGUGGUUGCAUCUUGUGUGUUGGUGAAGCAAAUAAGGCAGUAGUAUUGCAGCAAUGACAGAGUUACACAAUCCUGUAUUUACAUCCCAGUGGAAAAAUGAGUGAUAAGUUAUUGGACCAAUGCAUUAACAUCAAGAUUUUGCAAAGUUAGACAAAAGCAUGAGUGAAACUCUGCAGAUAUGAACAAAGGCUUGUGGAGUUGAUGCUUUGAAAAAAUUGGAGUUGGAUCUUGCAUCAUGUCAGUACCCCCGCAUGUGACAUGUUUGACAUUUGGCCAAAACUCAAUAUUGAAAGUUGACCAUCCACCAUAUCCAUCAGAUUUGACUUCAUGCAAAUUUUGGCUAUUCCCAAACCGAAGACUGCUUUGAGGGGCCACAGAUUUUCAGUCAUUGCUGACAUUUCUUGACAUGUGAGAACAAUCCUGAAGAGCAGUCCAGUAGAGGAGUUCUAGAAAUGUUUUGAGCAUUGCAAAUUCCAACUCACUAAGUGUAUUGGUGUGCAAGGAGACUGCUUUGAAGGUGACAGCAACCAUCAGUGUGUAAAUAAUUAAAUGCAGCUUUCAUGGGGACAUUUCAGGACUAUUUGUCAAAUGCCAUAUUUUGUGUUUGAUCUUCCUGUUUUCACCACUAGUUGUGCUUCAUAUUGAAGAACUGUUUCUUGCAGAUCACACUUUUGCCAUUCUGUGUGUAAGUCACUUACAUUUCCCAUAGAGACAAUAACAUGUCAGUUUACUUUAAUUGCUGUUACUGCAAUUGUCAGUCUGUGAUGAGACUAUAUGAGUGUAUGGUCACAUAAAUACAAUUUUGUAAUUUAUAUAGAGGCUAAUAGUGUUAUGCUGUACAUACAAGGACAAAGUAGUUAUGACAGGAAUUCUGAAAGAAUGGAGCUCUUCUAACCAACCAGUUAACGUUCACUAUAAUAAUGGCAGAUGUUAUUGGGAGAUAACUGUGCAUUGAAGAUUGAGAUGGUAAUGUUCUCUAAAAUGUCAAGAAUAUAGAGAACAUAUGCAUUGUAACAUCACUGAUCAUAUAUUGAUCUUGUGUGUUGGAAGAAAGGAUGAGUUCCUAAUAGUAAUUAUAACUGUUGUACUCAUCAUCAGUUAAUUACUAGUUUCGUGAUGGAUAUACCAAGGAUUUUCGUUCUGGUGGUACAUAAUGGCAGGCCUAGAUCAAUGGUCUUGAAUGUUUUUUAGAUUUUUUAAUUUUUGAGGCGUGAAUUUCUGUUUUUAAUUAUUUUAGAUCUAAGAAAAUAUUUAAAGAUUCAGUGUGUCUUAUCUUCAGAAAAAUCUAUUCCAGACUAUAAAUAUGGCUUUAAAAAUUAAUUUCUUACAGACACCACAUCUUUCAUGAAUAGUGUACUUGUCACAGUAAUGUGGCAGAACAUUUUCAGUGUAGUAGUUAACAAAUGACAUUAACAAGAAUUCAGAGCUACAUAACUUUAGUUACACAUGGUGAAAACUGAGACCCAUUUGUUCAUCUUCUUCAGAGUCAAGUGGGCUUUUGUAAAUGAGUAAUUUGGGUACAUAAAUGGGUAGUAAAGAACGUAAUAGUGUAACAGCUCUAAUUUGAAUGUUGAUUGCCAUAUGAAAAUGAAAUGAAAACAUCAAAGUUCCUCAGCAUUACAUGAUUAAUGAAUCUAAUAAUAUGUAAACCAUCAGAACUUAAACAGAUACAAGAAUAAGAAUAUGUCAUUUAGCCUUACCAACUUUCCUUUAUAAUAGAGAAGCCUGAAAUCAUAAAUAUGGGUUGUUGAAAUGAAACCAGACUGACAUUGUUCUAGGUGAAGGUGUAGACCCAUUAUAAAUAACCCCUAUUGAUGUUGAGGCAGGCAUUCGAUCAAUGCACCAGCUGAUUGAUCCUUUCCAAAAGGAACUCCUUGGGCUGCUGUUGGAACCACUGUGCUGUUGCAGCCCUCAUGUUACCAUCUGACCCUGACACUUUCUUGAGUGGGCCAAACAUAUGGUUUAACACUGUCCAGCACAUGGAGAAAAAUGUGUUCUGGACAGUGGGGUUACAUGGGGACAGGCGUUGAUAUGCAGUGAAAUGAGAGUCCUCAUAAGGAUGCUGCAAUGCUUUCUCUUGAUGAUCUUCUAUUGAAGGUCUCAGAGGGUCCCACAUUAGUGCUGAACAUUGAUGGUGGUGUCAGGGUCCUUGAACAUGAGUGCUAAAGGCCAUAGGUUUGGGUCAGAAGAAGAUGUCAAAACUGCAGUGGUUGGGUGAUUCUAGAAGCAGCCCAAGGAAUUCCUUUUAAGGGGGAUCUGUUGGUUUGUUUAUCAAUGAGAUACUUGCCUGAACUCCUAUAAGUACUGUUUUUAACAGCCUCUACUCCUUUGCCCACAACAGUUCCUGAUUGAGUUUUAUUUGAACAACCCUCAUAUAAAUUCAAGAUUACCAUUUCUGAGAUGUAAAUUUAAAGCAUACUGUAAAAUAUAUGUAUGGAAAGACUACAACAGAAACCAAGAUAUUUUGUAUGAAUAGAAGACUGAAUCUGCAGUGAAAAAAUUGAGUUGAAAUGAAUUUUCCACAUUAAUGAAGUGUGGAUACAGAUUUUCUAAAUUAAUUAAGAAAUGCAAACCACUGCAAAAUGAGAUGAAGGAUGGCCACUGAGGAGGCAUUAGACAGAACUUGUCCUAAUAAAAUUAGAUGAUAGGGAUACCUUAUUAUAUAAACAUUGGAGGGUCAUCAUUUCCUGUCAUCAGUAUGUCUUGUCAGAUGCUGCUUCUUUUUACAUUUAUUCAACUUUAUGAUGGCUUCAUUGAACCUACCAUGAAACUCAAAUAUUCCAUAUAUGUUAAAGCAGUAAAAUAGAACUUAACUAUUGUGUGUGUUAUGUUCUCUCUAGUAUUGAGGAAGUUACAUGUGGUUUAUGAGUCAAUUGUCACCAAUUUAAAAUUUACUUAACUUUAACCAAAGUCUCAAUAAUCCUUGCACCAAGAGCAGGGUGUGAUAUUCCAUAUUUAGUUAAAGCAGCUUGACUUAUAAUCUAUGGAAGGAACUAAAAUGUCUAUUUAGAAUGAGGUGGUAACUUUUGAAUGCAUACCGAACUUUUUUCUGCAUAAGUUAACAUUUGAACAUUUUUCAAAUUCAUGGAAAAACUUGUACUACUCUUAAGACUAUUCACAGUCUAUAUUACAAACAUCAGUCACAGAAUAAUUUACUUAUUUCUUAUUUCAAUAAGUCCUUACUUAGUAUGAAAGUUGGUAUUCAUCUCACUGCUUAUUGAUCAGUUCUUGCACAGGUAUUGUCACAUAAGAAGAUAAAGUAGUUGCAAUCUGGUUCAUAGUCCUGAUUAUGUUUUUUCUGGGUUAUGACACCUUGUAGUCUUAUAGGUAUAUAUCAUCAUUUUGGAGAAAUAUAUAGUGAGGAGUGAGACUCAGGCUGUUUGGGAGGGGUGGUUAAAGGAAUGGAUAUGUAUGUGUGUAUGUAGACCCUGGUGUGAGUGGGAUAUCUGUUUGUCCAAUGUGUGCUGUCCCACAAUUGCAAGAGAUUCUGUUUACACCCAUUGUUUUAGGUCUAGCUCAUCCUUCAUGACCUGAAUUAAGCUGGAGACUGCUUGAUGGGAAAAUUACUGUCUUCAUGUGCUUAGACAGAAGCCUGCUAAUGCAAUUGAGGGUGGUGUUGACAGAGGGUGAAACAGCCAUCUUAGUCUGACCAUCUCAGGUGUAUGAAUAGCAUGGAGAAUCUAUAUCCUUUUUUGUAAGAUGAUCUGAAUAAAUUAUAAUUCUUGGUGGAGACUGUUUAGGUCACAGAUGGCUUUGGAUCUCUUUACCAGGGUGGAAAAUGAAACUGACUGCUUGUCAGAUGGAAGUGAAAUUUGAAAUUCCUAUAUGUUAUAUUUUAUGACCGAAGGAUCCAUCUGGUCUACUGUAUACAGCACAUCUGGGAAUGGAAAAUGAACAUCUAUUACCAUCUCCAUGGAGGAUUGGUUGCCUAUGGUGGUCAAGGAAUUGUUUCAGUUUGUCCAGUUCAUGGGGUCAGAUCACUAAUAUGCUACCAAUACAUUGCAACCACAAUAAAAUGAGCUUGUAUGUUCUUCUGUUUAAUGGUAUGAUUUGUUAAUCUCAGGUGACAUGGUUGAACCCAUGGCCACUCUGUGUGUUUGUUCAUAGAACUGCCCAUUAAAACAGAAAAGCAAGGAUAUCAGAAUUUAGUAGUAUAAUAUGUUGUCAGUGUCAAAAUGUCGAUUCAGGAGAUUGAAAGUAUUCCUAAUAGUCACAUUGGUGAAGAGCCAGAUGACAUCAAAGCUGAUGAGGGUGUGCUUCAGACUGACCUGAAGAACACUGAGUUUGUGUAUGAAGCCUUCAGAAUUUGUAUUAUCUGAAGUUUCAGUAUUUUUCACAUAAUGUGGGGAGAUUUGCUGGUGUUAUUCCAACAAUCGUGGCAGAUGUUUUAAUAGUUGGUAUCAAUUUCACUCACUCCUAGAUGUUGGUAAUCACUUACAAGGAAUUAUGGCCUCUUAACCCAGAAGACCACAAUCUUUAUUUACAGCUGUGAAGGUCUCAAAUCUCAUAUGUGUGCAGUCUAAUUGACUCAGUUUGGGCAAUUAUAUACACAUUCUGUUCUACUCUUUUGUUCUAAGUCUCUGUCCUUUUCUUUUGUAUGAAAAUAAACAUGGGGGUCUCAUGGUACCAGUGAAUUGGUUUAUGAGUUUUAUAUAUGUAUGCAUGUGUGUGUAAAGAAUUAUAUUUGUAUGGUAUGACAUAUUGUUAACAUAUCUGCAUAAAGGUUGGGGUAAUAUUUAUUGUAUAGUAAAUGUUGAGGUAAAAAGUG